GUGCUGCCAUCAUUUCUUGGGCUAUUUACUGUUCCCUCCUUUACCCUCUUCUUCGCUUUUCUCUCUCUCUUCUCCCAUCUGAAUGCCCCUCUGCGCCUUCCAUCGUCUGUUGUGCCAGUUGAACGCGUUCCCUCCUUUCUCUUUAUUUCUCUUUCUAACGUCUCUCUCUCUCUCCCUCGCUGGCCUUCCUGCUCGUGCUCCGGAGAGUAGGACCGAAUUUUCCCGUUGGGAGCUGCAAUAAAUACGCGGCAUUAGGGGCACGGAUUGAGUCAGAGUUGGAAUCGAGUCGAGGGCUACUGUAGUUCUUGCUUGGCUUGGCUUGCGUUGCGGUGCGUCUUCUAAUGGAGGGUCAUCAUGGUGAUGGUAGUGGUAGUGAUGGCGAGAAGGGAGACGGUGGUGACAACAACCACCACCAAGCGAGCGGUGCUUCUGGGGUGGAGCCGGGAGGAGGAGGUGUCCCAUGGGAGAGUCCACGGGUGGAGAUCGACACGGCUCCACCGUUCGAAUCGGUGAAGGAGGCAGUGUGCAUGUUCGGAGGAAAAGGCGUGUGGAAGCCCCACAGAUACCCAAGCACCCCUCCCGAUACUGUCUUCAGAAACAAUACAGCUCUGUUGAUGUUGAGAUAUCAAAAGUGGAGGAAGAAACUUCGCGGUUGGAAAAGGACUUGAUCUUGAAAGAGAGGGAAACUCUUGAGGUGCUAAAAGAACUGGACAAGACAAAGAGAAUCAUAGAGGAACUAAAAGCAAAGCUUCAAAAAGGAUCCUCAGAAGUUUCUGCAAUUCCUUCAUCAAAUACAACCAGCCCAAAUAGGACGCCAACAGGCCCUGUCUGCAUGAGAGAGGAGGCUUCACUGGUGAAAGAGGGACGUCAUGUAGGUGCUACAAGGUCAACUUGUACGGUCGGAAUGCAGGUUGAUGGCUUAGACCAACUACAAGAGACAUCACCGCAUGUGGAUAAAGUCCAAGGGAAUGCUGCUAGUGGAGCAGUGGAUGCUUCAAGAAGUAUAUGUGGAACCCUUGACUCUGUUCAAGCUUCAGUUGAUAUAGGUGCAAAAACAUAUUUGACACCUGAAAAAAUACUGAUGCAGUUAAAGCAAGCGAAGGUAAAUUUGAGUAAGGCAACAGGAAGUUUAUCCAGUGUACGUGCAUCAAUAAAAAUGCUUGACGCACAGUUAACUACGGAGAAAUUAUCACUUGAACAAACUAAAGAACGUUUAAGCUCAAAAUACAACGCAAUAGCAUCUAUGGAGAAAAAGCUUAGUGAUACCCAAGUGAAGUUGCAGUCUUUCAGAGAUGCAGAUACUAAGGAUUGCAUUAACAAAGGUGAUAUCUCAAAAGUAUUGCAAGAUCUUCGCAAUGAGGCUGACCUGUAUAAGCAAAUGGCUGAAGCUGCUAAAUUUGACGCUUUAAGAAUAAUGUUAGAUAUUGAGGAGACAAAGGCCAGUGUUCAGACAGUGGAGAUCAGAUGGCAUGCAGCAAAGAAGAUGGAAGAUGCUGCACGAGCCUCUGAAUUAGCUGUGCUUGGGCAGAUUGACGCACUUCAAAAGAGUGAAAGUCCUGAUUCAUGUCCCCCCCAGUCACAACAGCAUUCUGGCUUAUCGCUUUCUUUUGAGGAGUACGGAGCCUUAGUCAACAAGGCAAAAGCAGCAGAGCACAAUGCCAACAAGAAAAUUGAAACUGCAAUGCUUAGCAUAGAUGAAGCUAAUGCUUCCAAACUGGAGGUGCUAAAGGAAUUGCAGAGGGCAUCUGAAGACGUGAAAGUUUGCAGAGAAGCCCUUCGAAAGGCACUCAUCAAAGUAGAGAAUGCCAACAAUGCAAAGCUUGCUGUUGAAGAGUCCCUUAGAAGAUGGAGGGCAGAGCACAGCCAACACCGUCGGUCAAUUCAUGGUUCCAUGAAGUUCAAGAACUCGACCCCUGUCCACAGGCGUCACCGUAGCAAAAACUCUGUGAUACUUGAUGUUAACGGUGUGAAUUUGGUUGGGGAUGAAUCAAACAGAAUACUGAAGCCAACCUUGUCAAUCGGCCAAAUUUUGAGCAGGAAACUGAUGUCAGAUAGCCACUUCGAUAUUGAUGCUGAACCUGGUGGGCAUAAGGUGUCUCUUGCUCAAAUGUUAAGAAGCAGAAAUCAAAUUGCUUCACCUCAAAACUGUGAGGACGACACUGUCAGAAGGCAGUUUUCUGUCAAGAGGAAGAAGUUAGGACUGCCACAUUUCCCAUUGCGUUUAGUGAAGGGAAAGAAAAAGAAGCAAAGGUUUUGAUCCGCAACUUGCUGGUUUUGCUAUGUCUUGCUAAGACCUAGCUGUCGUCUCAAAUUUCUUUUGUUCUCUCCAUUCGUUAUUGACCUCAUCUUCUUAGACUUAGUGCUUUGAAAUUGCCUAGAAUUUUCUUUCCAAGAGUUUGUGCUGUUUAUGCCAGAUAUAAACACGUGACGUUGUUUCGUGAUAA